CAGAACUGUUGUUAUUGUCUUAUAGACAUAGUCCUGAGUCCUUGUCCUCUGGUAUGAGAAUAUAUACGUAGUAUAAUUUGGGUUUAGAAAGAGAAGUGUUUCAUAUCUAAUACGUUACUGAAUAUUUAAAUGCGAAAUGACAUCUGUGGAUUCAGGAAUCGAAACAAGUAACAAUUCAGACGAUAGUUCGAUCGCUCAAAGUGAAGAUAUGACAAUGGAAGAAAUUAGUAAUGCCAGUUCAGCUCCUGCAAUAAUAACCUGCAAUAAUAAUCAGAAUGAAAUACAAGAAAUUAAACCCAGCACUUUUCACACUAAAUUUAAUCCAAAUUGGUCUGUUUGCUUAUCAAAUACGCACGAUGGUGUUCAAAAUUCUACACCAGCAAGUAGUUCAAGACCGCGUAUUGAUGCAUGCCCUAAAAUUGUAGCGGUUAAGUUUCCUUACAAGAAUGGUUCUACUGAUUCACCAACAGCUAGAGCAUUUUUAGUAAAACAACGUGUUUAUUGUGGCAAAAUAAAAUUGGUUAAUGAAAAACGUAGAAAUCGUCAGUUUGUUUCUCUGGUUGAUGAUUACACUCGUAUUAUUCAACAUAGAAUGAGAAUUGCAGCAGCUACAAACAACACCAUGGUGAUGAGAAUUCUUUUAGAUUCUAAUAUUUCACCUAACAGUGGUGAUAAACAAGGAAGAACUCCUCUUCAUCUUGCCUCUUGCAGGGGUUAUACAGAAAUGGUUCGUUUGUUAUUGGAACAUGGUGCAGAUCCCAAUCUUCGUGAUUCUGUAGGUAAUACACCAUUACAUUUAGCAGCGGUGACAAGCAAAAUAUCUGUAGUUACACUUCUUUUAAAUGCUGGAACGGAUCCCUUAUGCUUAGAUCAAUAUGGUUAUAAUCCACUACACUUAGCACAAACAAAAUUGAAGUUAUUGCAAAAUUGUAAGGGGAAGGAUAUGUUGAAGGUCAAAGAGGAAGUGCAAAGCAUAAUUAGUAUGUUGUUGGCAUAUUUACAAAAGUAUAAAGAUACUCACAAAAAUAUGGAAACCUUGAGUAACUUGUGUUCACGUUUAUCUUUAUCAAACACGUCGGAUCAAGUUCAGGAUGAUGUGAAAGAUUUGUUGGCUAAUUUAAAUGCUCUAUCUAUAACACAGUAAUCACUUAUUCACUUUACCAAACUAAUAGUUUUACAAAUAAAUUGAUGUAAAACUAAAAAAGUGAUUAACAGUAUGCGUUAAAUUUAGUUUGCUCGUAAUGAGUUCAUUUUAAUCAAUUAAUUUACACACUGAAAUUUUUUUUUCUAAUUUAUAUAAGUAUGCAAUAUAAUGGUAAAGUUUUGAUAUACAGUAGAACAGAGUAGAGCUAUAAUUUGGAAAGCUGUGCAAAUGUUAAUAAAGCAAAGUAUCGCUGAUUAAGAAGUAUGUAAUUAUUACAUUGGGUAGCUCUAUUUAUGUAUGCUUGUGGUAUUGUUGAUAUCUCUGCGUUCUGCAUUAUUUCGACUUUGACUCAUUGACGAUAAAAAGAAAUAUUUACAUUUCCUUAUAGUCAAACUGUAUUUUGCUCGCUUAUUAUUCUGACUUGAUUCUGUAUGUUUCUAUGGGCUACAAAACAAAUCGAGUUUCAAUAAUUAGCUAUAAGUAUUUUAUGAAACGCAUUUUAUAAAUUUCAUCUUGGCCUUGGAGUGUUAUUUUUGUGUGCUGUAUUUACAUGUUUUUUUAAAUUACUAUUGUUUUGGAUUUAUUGUAUUUACAAAACUUAAUGCGGAUUCUAUACAGUACAAAAAAAUAAAUCGUAGGAUAUCACAUUAUUAAAUCAAGUAUGUAUUUGAUACAAACCAUAAUCCUCAUAAAUUUCAUAUUCAUCAUAAAUUUCAAUUCAUUAUUAUAUAUUAUAUAUUAACUGUACACUAAUAUGAAAGUUUGUAUUUUCUUUUUCUUUACUCAACUAGUUGGUUUAAAUAAUAAUUGCUAAAUAACCAUAGGGUUAUUAAUUUAAAAAAUUAAUAUGAUUUGAUUUUGAUAAGUUGUUAUGCAUAUAAUAUGUAAAUAGUUUUUCUUCAAGACAAUUAAAAAAUGAUGUGUUACAUUAACUUUUUUAAGUUUAUAAUGCUGCAAAUGGAGUGCAAAAAUGAAAGCUGAAAUUUAAACAAUUUAUAGAUAUUGAUAGAGUAAGAUUGCUUGUGUAAAUUUAUCUCUAUAAAUUUUGAAAAAAGGAUUUUGUUUUAUUUUUGAUAUAUUUAUUUUACAUAAUAUACAUAUUUACAUGUAUAUUAUUUUGCUUUCCAAUAAUUUCUUUUCAUAUUAGUAUUUUUUAUAUAUAUCUUUUCAGUUAUUAAAUAUCUCAUUGAUAUUGAACUUUAUGUCCCCCUUUUUAGGUUUUCAAACAAUACAAAACAAUAAAGAUAUAAAAGUAGGCUGCAAGAUAUAUUGUAGUAUAUACAUACUUUGUACUUUCAUUACUAUUUUAGCAUAUGUGACAUUUUUUAAAUUUUAGAUAAAUACAUAAGCUAACAAAUAAAGUAUGGUUGUAAACAUAUAUCCCCAUUCACUUUUAUAAAAAAUUCCAAAUAGAAAGAAUCUUAAAGUGCAUUUCUAAUAAACAUUUUCAAAAUAUUUCGAUUCUCAUAUGAAAUAUUGUGUGCUACAACAGUGUAUGAAUUUUGUUAAAUAUUGUAGUUGUCGCAUUAUUGUAUAUAUUCUUUCACUCUGUUUGCAGCCUCAACACUAACUAUGAGAAUUAUAUAAAUGUGUGAACAUAUGAACAAAUUAUGUCAAAUUCAAGUUGUUAGCAUUUACCUUGUAAAUAUAUAUCUUUUACAUUGAUAUUUCCAACUAAAAAAAGAGUGAAAUAUUUAAUCUUUAACAUUGAACAUAAUUAAGGUUUUGUAUAACUUCUUGCAAAUUAUUCAUUUACAUAACAUUGAAUGAUAUUAACUAAAUGAAAUUCUUUUUGAAUCUUACAGUACUUUUUAUUCUUAUACAAUAUUAAGAUUAUAGUAAAAAUUGGUGUAAUUUUUCAAGUAUGAUGUAUGAUGCCUGAAUUAGAGUGAUUUUUCUAGUGUAUUAUUGAAAGCUAAGUUCUAUAUAUAUCAUGAUACGAGUUUUGCUAUGAUGGAAAUACAAUUUAUGGUUGCGAUACUUUUGUAAGACUAGAACUGACAAUCGUGAAAGAUCGUGUUUUGUGUUCUCUAUCCAUAUAUAAACUUAUAAGUAACUUAUGUGUAAUUACUUUAUAUAUGAACUGUAAAUAAGUGAUUUCCCUAUUAGCAGUACUUAUGGCAGAUCUAUAAAUAAAAAAAGAAGUACCUUGUUUCAUACGAAUUUAUGUAUACAGGGAAACUCUAAUUUUCUCUGUGUAUAAGUUAAUACAAUCAACUGUAUUAAAGAAAACAGUUUUCCUUAUAUUCUGAUAUAUAUUAGUUCCUUUUAGUUAAUUUUUUCUGGUUAUGUCGUAGCUGUAUGCAAAUAAAAAUAUAUAUGACAUUGGAAAAAUUAUAGUUAUAUCAGAUUGAAAGAAGCUUGGUUUGAUUAAUCAGAUUAAAAGAAAUUUUGUGGUAAUUUUCCUUGUAUCAAUAUUGAAAUAAAUAAGUAAUAAACUAGAGUUUCUUUUUUAUGUACAUAAUUUUAUAAGUGUAUUAAUGUUUUUGUAAAUUAUAAAUAAUUUGUAAUUAAUUUUUGUGCUAUCAUCGUAAAAUAUAGAUAGUAAUGUCUUUUUAUAACUCGCAACUUUCGUAUACUCAUCAAAUUAUAAAUAUGAUUCAGGAUGACUCACAUUUAUAUUGGUAUACUCUAAUAUGUUACUCUAAUAUGUUACACACUGGCAACUAUAAAUAUGCAAUUUUUAGGUACAGAAAUAAUAUUCAUUAACUACAAUAGUUUUAAGCAAACCACGGGAUGAUAGAGGUUUUAUGUAAAGAAAUUUAUUAUCAUAUAUAUUUGCUAUCAUACUAAAUAACUUUCAUUAUUCUCAAAAACAUUAACGAUCGUUCCGCUGAAAAAUAGCGGAAUAACAAAAAUCAAUAUACAUUACAAUAUUGAUCUUAUCGAUGACAAAUUUUUUUCCUUUGAGCAGUAAUGUAGCGUUUUUCUAAGAAUAUGCAAAAAUUUAGCACUUCUUUAUUUUUUUAUAACGAGAUGACUAUUUGUCCUAUUUUUAAUGGUAUAAUAUAAAUUGAAGGGAACUAAUAAAAAUGAAACAACUUAGAAAAAGAUCAUGUGUAACACAAUUACAUUUGUUGAAAAUUUUGGGACAAAUAUCGAACAAAAAUGUCAUUUACAGCCUUAUGCUUUAAGUUAAAAACCCUUAUUAGUCACAUUUCUACAAAAAACAUUUUUAUAAAAUAAUUGUUUAAUCAUUAUAGUUAACCUCAAAACUUUGAUUAUCGAUCCUUAGAGGUUCUAAGCAUUCUUCAGUAUUUACGAUAGUUUCUUAGCUCAUUACUAUAUUGGUGCAUACAUUUAAAAAAAUGUGUCUUAAUUGAAGUAAAUUCAUUUCUCGGAAAAAUUUUAUAUAUACUUAAAUUGAUACCAAAAUGAUAACAUCAAGGAGCAUACAAAUGUGUUAUGUGACUAGAAAGGAUCAACUAGAACUCUUCCUAGCAAUUGUAAACAUAUCUGCAAUUAUAAAGGAUCAUUAAUUUUCUAUUACAAGUGUACCAUUGAAAUCUUAUCCAUACUGAAUUUGCAAUAUAUUUUGUACAUAAUUUAUAAGAUUAUAAUUUUGAUUUCUUCUUGUUGACUGUGCUAUAAAAUGAAAUUGAUUGUCUGAAAAUAGCACAAGUGGGACUAUGUCAAUAUUAUUUACUGUUCUUUUGUUUUGUGCCUUUUGUGAAUAAAAUUCUUGUGUUCCUUUGAUUUUUGGGAAAACAUUAACAAUUUACAAACCCGUUUGUACUGCACAGUAUGUAUCAAUAAAUAAAAUAAUAAAUAUAUAUAAUUGGUUUCUUUAUUUUGUGAAAAGUUUUAACCUCUCGAAAUAUAUGCGAAUGUACAUGACGAUCCUUGGCAUUUAUGACACAAACACAAACACAAGAUUUGGCACAAAACUAAAGAUAGAAUAAUAAAACCUUAAACGAAAUAAUAUAGAGAAAAAGAAAAUCAUCUAUAUACUUCUUAAUUAUCUUUACGCAUCACUUGGCACAAAUUUACACGUAUAAAAUAAUACAAUUUAUACAAAUUAUAAUCAUCGCAAUAUUUGUUAAACGUUAUAUCGAUUAUCCCUAUAAAAAUGCUUUUAGCAACUAAGAGAACAUCGAUGAAAUUUUUCUAUAAUAAAUGAAAGUUCCUCGUUUCGAUAUUAAAGCGCAACUAUAUAACAGUAUCAGACACCUCUCUAGUGUCCCCUCGAUAUUAGUUCUUCUUUUCUUUUUAAAUUGUGCACUUUUAUGAAUCAGAUAUUACAUCUUUAACGCGCCGCGUAUUAUCUGUUAAUUAUCAUGAUAUGUUUUUAUGUCGUUCUUAUAGCGGCUAAUAA